AUGUUCCCCACCGUCCGCGUCUCCUUCACCGGCGUCCGGCCCGAGCGCCGGUACGCCGUCCUGCUGGACAUCGUACCGGUGGACAGCAAGCGGUACCGGUACGCGUACCACCGCUCCUCGUGGCUGGUGGCAGGGAAAGCAGAUCCACCCGCGCCCUGCCGUACCUGCGCCCACCCCGACUCGCCGUUCACGGGGGAGCAGCUACGGAAGCAGGUGGUGUCCUUCGAGAAGGUCAAGCUGACUAACAACGAGAUGGACAAACACGGGCACCUGGUUCUGAAUUCAAUGCACAAAUACCAACCAAGGAUACACUUGGUGAAGAGACCCGAAGGAGCUUCUGGACAAAUUGUUGAUUUGGAGCAAGAAGAAUACAAGACCUUCAUUUUUCCUGAAACAAUAUUCACUGCAGUGACGGCAUAUCAGAAUCAAUUGAUAACCAAGCUGAAGAUUGACAGCAAUCCAUUUGCUAAAGGCUUCAGGGACUCGUCCAGACUCACCGAAUUCGAAAGGGAGACCAUGGAAUCCAUGCUCGCCGAGCAGCACUACUUCCGCUCCCCCCUACGUCCAUUCGAAAUGGACACGCACAACAACAACCUCUCCCUGGAGGAGAAGGCCAUCCUGGCCGCCCGCUCGCAGCUGUUCCUGCGCGCAGCAGCCGCAGCCGCCGGCCCCUACGCGCCCCUAAUGGGUGGCCUUUACGGCGCAGGCGCAUCCCAGAGCCAGGCCGUACCGCCCGGCGUGCUGUGGAACCAGUGGGCGUGUCUCGGCCCGUCCCUACUGGCCGCGCAGCACCAGCACCAGCUGGCCGUGGCCGCGGCGGGCGGCUCGCAGCUGCAGGCCCCUAUUUCGCCCCUGGCAAGGCCCCUGGCGCAGCACAGGUUCUCGCCUUAUGCACCGCAGCAGCGUGCUUCGCCAGAUACGAGUUUGAGGGACGACAGAGAGUCGCCUAGCAGUCCCUCGUAA